UGUGUGUGUGUGUAUCGCAAACUCUGAAUUGGGCCACGUUACUCAGUCCCUUUGUUCAUUUGCACAUAUGCCCCGGUUUUGGCUGACUGGAAAUAUCUGUAACGUCGAGCUAGCCUUUUGUGUGACAUGAUUCAAUGCCAGAAGGCAGAAGUCAUGCAUGGACACCUGCUUCGAUUUCUAAAGCCGUAUAGAAAUGGUAAGCUAGCGCGGAGCGCUCCUCUCUCUACAUUUUGUUCGAAGUCCAAACCUAUCCUCGACACAUGCAACAAGAGCGCAAGAAGUUAUUGCACAGAUAGGCUAUCAUAUUUUACAAAAUACUUUUUGUACGAGUUGAUAGUUUGAGAGUAUUAAGGCGAAGAGGCUACACAUCGAUCAGUUAUGACGCGAAUCACCACUUUUCAAGCUGCAGGAAUUCUAGUGGCAGCACUGAUGUGCUUCUCAAAAGUAUGUUAUGUAGACAGCAAAACCACCACCGGACCUACAACAACCGCUGCAAGCAACAUGACAACCACUGGACCUACCACAACCACCGCAAGCAACAUGACAACCACCGCGAGCAACAUGACAACCACCGCGAGCAACAUGACAACCACCGCGAGCAACAUGACUACCACUACGAGCAACAUGACAACCACCGCGAGCAACAUGACAACCACUGAACCUACCACUGCAGCAUAUGUUUGUCGACCUGCACAACAAAGUGUCAGUGACACCGUGAAGCUCAGUCGUAAUACCAUAAUCGGCCUCGGGGUCGGCAUUCUGAGCUUGCUCAUCUUAGUCAUCGUAGUGGUGAUUAUGUGCUGUGGGUGUCGUUGUUGUAAUUGUAUAAUGGGUUGUUCGAAUUGUUGUCGUUAAACAAAAAAGCUACUGCAAUUCAAUAUUGUAGUUCUGAGCAGUGGAUGAUCCGCAAUAAACCUUUGGUUUUUGAUCACCCCCUCUGCAGGUUCAUCUGUUGUUUUAAUGCUUUUAUUAUACAGAUAUUGACUGGCAGGGGGUGUAAUAUAACAUUGUUUGGACCG